AUGGCUAUGAUGUGGUAUGCAAGUGUGCUUUGUCUGAUAGCUGUCAGGCCCUCUGUUGCUGAUAAUGCGCUGUGCAUCUUCUUCAGGAUGAACAAACCCCGUGCUGCCCAAAGAAAAGAAGAUGCCACACAUUUCGAACUGCCCGGGGCAGCAGACCGAGCAUGUGGAAGUGUGACCAAAGGACUGACGUUGGAUAUCAAGAAUGAAGUUUCAUCUUGGGAAUGCUAUCGGUUUAACAAUGGCCCGAGACUUAUGCCUCCCCCAACAGAAGCUCCAACUUCCAGUUCACCGACGCCAGACAACAACCCAAGUCGAGGGAUAGAAUCUCCUGGUACUGAGAGGCCGGACGAGAAACCAGUCACUCCCCCUCCAGCCGGCAGCAGCCACAAAUGUCCCGUUUCUCCUGAAAAUGGUGAGAACGCUACAGGCCGAUUCGAUGGAGUUAUGGAUACAUCCGAGCAGCCUCGAGGAAACAACGCUUCGUCCGGGGCUUCUCUGAAAAUGGGCCUCGAGGGUGGCUCUCCUGGAAACCCACCUGAGACAACUCCCGAACAGAAUGCGGAAGCCCUUGCGCAGCCAGUAGAGCGCUUGUCGCUCUCUAAACGCACCGCAGAUGGCGUACCUGCACUUCAACUUCAUACCAAUGCCGAUUCCCUUUCUCCUCCUCCGCCACCUCAGAAAGACGACACUUAUAUAGACCCUACACCGAAAACUCCCCAAGCUCCGCCCUCUCCUAUCGGAACCCCAACUUACGCCGACAAAGACCUUCCCGAUGUGCCUCGAAAUCUCCAACAAAGUGAUGUCGGUGAGGAGAAGAGUGAAGGAGAAGGAGAAGGCAGGAAAAGCGAGGACUCACAGUCUGAGAUCCAGAGCAUAAUGGAACAAUUCGCCGAUGAAAGUAGAAGUUUGCGGCAGGAGGAAAUUAUGUCUCCCCGGCUUGAAUUAGCCGCACACCCACCGUUUCCUCCCCGGAAAUCUAGCCUUGAACCAGUUGUAUCCGUCGAUAGUGCGGGAGAACACCAAUCUAGUCCCUGGCAACCGCGACGGUCUUCCAUUUUGUCAGGCCAUUCUCGACGGUCCCUCUCCCCUCCCGCUGUGCCGCCAAAGUCUCCACCAAAUACAUCGCAGAAGGCGCCCAUUAAUGAACAAGCAGAAAGUACUAACGCAUCUCUCCCGGAGCCCGAGCCGGAUCGGCCAUUCGAUUUUCACCGUUUUCUAGAGCAGCUCCGACACCGGACAGCGGACCCCGUCGCCAAAUUCCUUCGUUCAUUCUUAACGGAAUUCGGCAAAAGACAAUGGAUGGUUCACGAACAGGUUAAAAUAAUAAGUGAUUUUUUAGCUUUUAUCACAAACAAGAUGGCCAUGUGCGACGUAUGGAAAGAAGUUUCCGACGUUGAAUUUGACAACGCCAAAGAGGGCAUGGAAAAGCUCGUUAUGAACCGCCUAUACUCCCAAACCUUCUCUCCAACAAUACCUCCUCCCCCGGUACUCCCCCGAAAUAGGAGUCGUGGGCGCCGAAAAGAUUUACAAAAGCUCCUGGGCCCUGGCCGGCGAGGCCAGCACCAAGAGGAUGUUGAGCGGGACGAGAUUCUAGCCCAAAAGAUCCGUAUCUAUGGUUGGGUGCGAGAAGAGCAUCUAGACAUUCCGCCGGUUGGCCCAAACGGCCAUCGUUUUCUCCAUCUUGCACAGCAAGGCAAUGACACAUCUGCGGAUUCUUUCAUGCCACUUCUCAUUUAUGUCGUUUUGAAAGCGAAUCCCGAACAUCUGGUGUCAAAUCUUCAGUAUAUACUUCGAUUUCGCAAUCAGGAGAAACUUGGCGGAGAAGCCGGAUACUAUUUAUCUUCAUUGUCUGGUGCCAUACAAUUUAUUGAAACGCUUGACCGGACCACCUUGACGGUCAGUCAAGAAGAGUUUGACCGGAAUGUUGAAGAAGCAGUCUCUGCCAUCGCAGAAAAGAACAAGGCUGCGGAAAAUCUGCUUCAUUCAGAAAACGAGAAAUCUCCAGGGUCUCGCGAGAUGACUCCUCGAAAUUCAGAAGAACAGGGGUCAAGAUCGACCGAAUCGCCCUACGCGUCUAAUUCAGAGGAUAACCCUUCAAUGGCCGGGCUGUUACGAACAAUCCAGAAACCCUUGACUACAAUAGGCCGAAUUUUCUCAGAUGACACUGAAUCUCAACAACAACACCGCGUGUUAACUCCGCAGCAGCAAGGUGCAGGUCCGACUUCGGCUGCAUCCCAACAGCAUCAGGAGAACAAUGUGCGGACGGGCGUUGCACGCCAGCGUAGUUGGAACAACGGUUCACCGCAGCAACAAGGACAAGGACAUAAGUUCGAAGCACAGGAGGCCGCCGCACGCCAGGCCAGUGCUGAAGCAGCCGAGGCGCACCGCAUCCAGCGUGCCGAACAUGUUGAUGUUGUAGAGACCCUAUCCGGCAUGUUUCCCAACUUGGACAAAGAUGUAAUUGAUGAUGUAGUUAGGAUGAAGGAGGGAAGAGUCGGUUUGGCAGUUGAUGCAUGUCUUGCUCUCAGCGCAGAGUAA